AUGGCAGUUAUCAAUGAAAGAUUUCCUCCCCCCAUUCCCAUAAGUUCUUACAUCCCAGCCCACUUAAACGCCUUACAUCGUCCGCUACAACGCCCAGAGUCAGGCUAUAUUUUCACUCGCAUACAAGCAACCGCUUAUGGGAGCUGUAAAGUAGCCCCAGCUUAUGGGAGCUGUGGAAUAGCUACAGCCUAUGGGAGCUGUAGAGUUACACCAGCUCAUAGGAGCUGUAGAGUAACUCCAGCUUAUGAGAGCUGUAAAGUAACUCCAGCUUAUGGGAGCUGUAAAGUAGCCCCAGCUUAUGGGAGCUGUGGAAUAGCUACAGCCUAUGGGAGCUGUAGAGUUACACCAGCUCAUAGGAGCUGUAGAGUAACUCCAGCUUAUGAGAGCUGUAAAGUAACUCCAGCUUAUGGGAGCUGUAAAGUAACCCCAGCUUAUGAGAGCUGUAAAGUAAAUCCAGCUUAUGGAAGCUGUAGAGUAACUCCAGCUUAUGGGAGCUGUAGAGUAACUCCAGCUUAUGGGAGCUGUAAAGUAACUCCAGCUUAUGGGAGCUGUAAAGUAACUCCAGCUUAUGGGAGCUGUAAAGUAACUCCAGCUUAUGAGAGCUGUAGAGUAGCCCCAGCUUAUGGGAGCUGUGGAAUAGCUACAGCCUAUGGGAGCUGUAGAGUUACACCAGCUCAUGGAAGCUGUACAAUAACCAGCUUAUGGAAGCUGUAG